ACCAGCUCUUUCUCCUUUCUUCCUUCACGUUGAAAAAAUUAGUGAAAACAUUGUAUGUAUCUCGCGGUGAAACUGAAAUGAGUAGGUAGUAGGUACCUAUUUAUUUUUUCGCACUUGUGUGCAUAAAUUGAUUCAUCGAGAGAAUGGAAUUUUUUAAAAACAUCUGCGCGGAUGUUCUAAAACAAACAGAUGAUGCGUUCGAGCUCGCUUGUUCGCGAGACAAAUAUUUAGUUUUGGGAAAUAUUUCACGUAUUGUAACCAACAUCAAUAAUCGCGUACGAUGGCUACGCAGAAACCAGCAAUAAUAAAGUCGUCGAAAUGCAUUACGUUAUUGUAACUGAACUUGAAAGUUCGACGUUAGUGUAGUUUUAUCGAAAAAUUAUAGUUUUUACUAGAAUUUUUUAUUGUACUUGAAAGUUGAGGAAAAUGCAGUACAGCGUUUUAUCUGUGUUGAUGCUUAUCAGAUUGAUUUAUUCCGUGGCUGGCCAGAGUCCUCCACCACCUUCUAGCACUACUCCAACUCCUACUCCUGGUGGUACUACUCCAACUUCCACUACCGGUGGUCCUUCUACAACUUCUACGCCAGAUAGUUGCCCUAAUCCAAAUACCCCAAGCUCUACUACCCCUAGCCCAGGCUCCACUACGCCUAACCCAAGCUCUACUACUCCUGGCAGUACUUCUCCAACACCCACCCCUGGUUCUGGCGGAGGAACUGGCACCGAUAACAUGUCUUGUAUUAAGAACCUUCUUUCGUUAUGUGAAGCCUAUAGAUUCCAGUUCAAAAAAACCGCUAAUGAGUAUGGUUGUACUAUGUUCACAAAUACGUACAUUUACACGUUUCAUAUUAAUCUCGUGCUAACUGAUUCGGAAUGUGAUACCAUUAUGCAAUUGGAUACAAUGCGACAGAAAGUUAUGGGAUAUGGUAGUGGACAGCCAGGUGUUUCCACGCACGCGUUCAUCGAUGAUUCGUGUUGAUGUUAUUUUUUGGAUUGGAUCGUAGUACAUUAUAUUGGAUUAUUUUAUGGCAUAUUGAAAUAAUAAAUGUUUUUUGAAAGUGA